AUAAAACCCAUACACUUACUGAGAGACGUCUACAGUCGAAGCCACUGAGUGUUGACAUGUCUGAAGAUUGGUUUGCAUUGGUGCCAAACAGCCAGUCAGAAGAUGGUUGCUUGGUACAGAGCAAGCACCUCUCUAGUGAGGCUCAUAUUAUUUUAAGUACACUUGAAAACUGCAUCAGUAAAAUUGAGACCGCAGCAGCUCUGCCCACUCUCCUCCACCUUAACAGUAAGUCUGAGAUUGUUGACAAGGACUUGAGCAAGGCACUUGAAAAACAUCGGAUUGUAGUGGAAAGACUGGAGAAACUAAAAAGUCUCAAACAGGAGUCCGUUGAAGAACAAAUAAGAGAUGACAGGAUCGGAGGAGAGAAGGAGAGAGCUCAGCUUGGGAAUGAUCUCAAGAACUCUGUCAGGGAUAUUCUCCGUUAUUGCCGAGCCCAUUCAGAUGGCAUUAUUGGCUUGAGGGCGGAACUAGAUAUAAAAAUAGAGGAAAAGGAGUACAAAUUAAUUAAAGGAUUAAAGGUGCUUCAUAGCCACAUGGUAGAAAAGUUUCUGAUCAGCCCGGACGAGGAGCUACAGCUCAUCACAAAGCAGAAAGAGUUUUCAUCCUCUGCAAAAGAUCUGGAGAAAAAUAUUUCACUGGAGGAAGAAGAAGUAGCUAAAGCUAUACAGCAAGUAGAUGCUGAGAUUUCCCAGAAAGAGAACACAAUCAAACACUUGGAAAGUUUGCUGCAGGCGUGCAGCCCUCAAGAAGGUGAUGUGUCAGAUGAUAACAUGUCGCCUUUUGAAGACAAACAGGUGCAGGCACACAUUCAGGUGUCAAAGCUGAAGCAGGACCGUUUACAGCAGGAAAUUGAUCAACUGAAAAUUCAGCUCAAAAAUGUUGUGCUUGAGAACAGACAGGCUGAGAGAUUACUCCAAGAGAAAAAUGAAAAGAUGCAAGGAAAAAUUGACUCCUUAAUCCAAAAGUUUGACAACGAAAUAGGAGAAAUCCAGGCCAAACUGGAGGUGAAUGAAAAUGCUUAUGAAAUGGAGGACAAUGAGCGGAAGAAGUUUGAGAAACCCUUUGCUACCCUGGAGAUGGAGUACAAUCAGAUCCAGGAGAGGAGGCGGCUGGCUGAAGAGAAGAGACAGGAGGAGAUCAGAGAGCUGGAGUUGAAGACCAAAGCUGCCAUUCUGAUCCAGGCCUGGUGGAGAGGCUACAGCGUUCGCAAGGCCUUAAAGAACAAGGCCAAAAGCAAAAAGGCCAAAAGGGACAAAGGAAAGGGCAAAGGCAAGAAGACCAAAUAAACCAUGCCUUAUUGCAUCAGUGUUUCUUUGCCAAGACACACUCCUCUUGUAGAGUGUGAAUGUUGUUUUCUUUUUAAAUGAAGUAUUUAUGUUUCCAGCAAGUAUUUCCUGUUUUGUGUGUUGAGUAGUUUCUGUGGCUCUGUGUUACUUAUAAAAACAAAAACAUUCUGAGUUGAUGUUGUCAACAUCAUUAGAGUCAUUAGACUGAAAAAACACCAGAUAGAGUAGCAUUUUUAUUUGUCAAUGUCAGCAAAAAAGAGUUUGGCAGUUUGGAUGUGAAUUCAGCUCUGCAUGGGUGUGUUUGAUUGACUUCUGUUAACACAUCUGUAGUUCUUUUGCAGCAAAUGUCCACCACAUGUAAACUCCACUUUUCAGUGGAAACACGUGAAAUCAGCCAAAUCACCGAUCACCUCAGUAUAAGAGCUGCUGUUGAAUCUAAAGGCCAUAGGGGGGCAGUGCAGACCCCUGUGUGCUGAAUGAUGUACAUUACAUUGUUGUUAUUUGGUAGUCAUAAACAGAAAGCAGGGAGUGAACCCCUGGCAUUGCAUAUUUAUUGUUUAACCCAUCAAUCUAGCCUUUCUCUUCCUAAUUAUCCUUAUCCCGAGUAAACGCCGGAUGGGUUAACACAGAGAGAUAGGCAUCCAUUCACACUCACAUUCACACCUAUGAGAGAACCCACGCAAACAUGGGGAGAACAUGCAAACUCCACACAGAAAUGCCCCAGCUUCACUCACUGUGAGGUAACAGUGCUUAAAAUCUAAAAAGCUGUUACACUUCCCACUAGAUUCACAUCAGAAUUAUUAGUCAAGCUCCGGUCAUUAGAACAAGGUUCUAUUGGUUACUCACUGAAAUCAGUAUGUGUAUUAAGGUACACUGUGAAGUUAUUAGAGUACUCGCCAAUAUUUAGGUUUCACAGUGUAAGAUAAGUCACAAGAAUCUACAAGUUCACUGCCUUUAACUCUAAAGUUCAGUGAACUCAGGACUAACUUUAAAUGAACUAUUCAAUGAUAAUUAUGUGGAUUUAUAGGUAAAGAACGGAAAUUUACUUAAAGGGGUUUUGUUUGUUUGUUUGUUUGUUUUACAUUCAGCUGUGUCAAGGAUUUCUUCUUUUUAUAUCAAGUGUGACAUGUUUUUUGUCUGCAUCCUUUUCAAGAUAGUUUCCUGUUUCUCUGUCAUUCAUAGCUACACCUCCCUCUCAUUUCACAGUAUCUUCACAUCUUACACCUCAUUCCAAAGAAGUUUAAGGUCACCAUCCUGAUCUGUCUCAAUCCAAGUAUUUUCUCUGCUGUAUGUUGAACGUAGUUCUACUUUUUCUUGUUCAUUAUACAGGUGAUCUGAUUCAAGAAGCAGACUAGACAUGUGGUGUACCUAAUGGUCACUGAUUAAAGUUUGAUCCAGGAUUAUACCUGGUUAGUUCAGAGUAAGUUUUCUCCAGCUGUGAAACCAGGACAGCUGAUUGUUCUUAGAGUCCUCCAGACUCAGCUUUGGUUUACUCUGAACAUCUCGUGCGUUGUUUCUCUGAUAGAGCAUCUGCAUGUCUUCAUACUGUAACACACAUUAGGGUGCAUCCCCCAAAACAAAUGUCGCCAUCUGCUCAAAUCACAUUAAAAGCUUUUGUCAGAGGCAACUCAUCUGAAACAAAAGCCAUCCC